ACGCAGGCGGCGCCGGGUCCCGACGCCCCUCAGCGGACUGAGAUGACAGCUGGAGCGGCCGCUAGCCGAACACACGCUAAAACCCACCGGACAGCCCGAGUCUACGCAGCUGCUCCUAAUCCAGCAGUGGAUUCCAGCUGUUCUCGGCACCUCCACCUCCACCCUCCGCUGGAUGACACCGACACGCAUUUAUUCUGUUCACUCACGACGGUGACGCUGCUGGACGACGGCGGAAAAUGGCCCGUAGCGUCCACCGUAGUCGCACAUAACCUGCACUAGGCUGCACAUGCACGGGCGAGGAUGGGAUGCAUCAGCGCUGUUCUGCGUAAGGUCCGCAGCAGGAUCAAGCUGGACCGGGUCAGAGAGCUGGGCCGACAGUACCCAGUCUUCUGCUUCCUGCUGCUGCUCCUGCUGAUGUGCACGGUGCUGCUGAACAGAUAUAUUCACAUCAUGAUCGUGUUUUGGUCCUUUCUGGCCGGAGUGGUCACGUUUUACUGCUCUCUGGGGCCCGAGUCUUUGCUGCCCAACAUCUUGGUCUCCAUCAAACCAAAGACCAAGUCGUACCAACAGGAGCUGUUUCCACUGGGACACAGCUGUGCUGUUUGUGGAAAAAUCAAGUGCAAAAGACACAGACCGACAUUAUUACUGGAAAACUAUCAGCCAUGGCUUGACCUGAAAGUUCCCUCAAACGUCGAUGCUUCUCUUUCAGAGAUUCUAGAGCUUGUUCUGGAAAACUUUGUAUACCCUUGGUAUAGAGACAUCACCGAUGAUGAGGCCUUUGUUGACGAGCUGAGAGUGACUUUGCGUUUCUUCUCAGCUGUGUUAGUGCGACGAACCCAGAAGGUGGAUGUGGCCUCCCUCAUCACACAAAAGCUUCUCAAAGUUUCCAUGAAACAUAUUGAAAUGAUAAGCAAAGCCAGGCAAAGAGUAAAGCUCACAGAGCACCUUCAGCAAGCUGCUCUGGAGGAAUACGGCCCCGACCUCCACAUGGCCCUGCGCAGCCGCAGAGAUGAGCUCCUCUACCUCAGGAAUCUGACGGAGAUGCUCUUCCCCUACAUCCUGCCACCCAAGGCUACAGACUGCAGAUCUCUUACUCUCCUAAUAAGAGAAGUCUUGGCUGGUUCUGUCUUCCUUCCUUCACUGGACUACUUGGCUGAUCCUGACACAGUGAACCAUUUGCUUUUGAUAUACAUCGACAACUCCCCUCCUGAAGUCGCCACAGAGCCAGCUUCCACGCUGGUUCCUUUCCUGCAGAAAUAUUCUUACACUCGAAGCAAAAAGCCCUCAGUGCUAAAGCUUGAGUUGAAGGAAAUCAGAGAACAGCAAGACCUUCUCUUUCGUUUUAUGAACUUUUUGAAGCAAGAGGGGGCCGUGCAUGUGCUCCAGUUCUGCCUCUCAGUCGAGGAGUUCAAUGACAGGAUACUUUGCCCUGAGCUGUCAGACUCGGAGAAGAUGAUGCUCCACGAGGAGGUGAGGAAGAUCUACGAGACCUACUGCUUGGACGAGAGCGUUGACAAGAUCCGCUUCGACCCCUUUAUCGUGGAAGAAAUACGCAAUAUUGCAGAGGGCCCGUAUUCAGAGGUGGUGAAACUACAAACCAUGAGGUGUUUGUUUGAAGCAUAUGAACACGUCCUGUCCCUCCUGGAGAAUGUUUUCACCCCCAUGUUCUGUCACAGCGAUGAGUACUUUCGCCAGCUUCUGCGAGGGGCCGAGUCCCCCGCCAGGAACUCCAAGAUGAGCAGAAAUAGCCUGAGUAUGGAUGACAUUCGUCCCUGGGACUGGAGCCCCGAGUCCCCGUCCUCACUGUUCACCGCCUCUGGCAGCUCUUCACCUGCAUCUUUUAAUUCCCUCCAUGCCCAGUCCACGUUCACCACCUUCCCGUACGGCUCGCUAUCCCACCGCCACUCAUCACCGAAGAGCACGGCAAAGAGGGGCGAGUCCUUUGGGAUCAGCCGCAUCGGCAGCAAAAUCAAAGGGGUGUUCAAGAACACAACCAUGGAGGGCGCCAUGCUGCCAUCUCAUGGGCUGGUGGAGGGAGAGGAUGACAUGGUGGAGGAGGCCAUGAUGGUGCUGGAGGAUGACUCCCCCAUGGAGGCAGCCUCUACCCCCAGCACCCCUCGAAACCUCUCAGCCUGGAACAUCACCAUCCCGUACAUUGAUUUCUACGAUGACGACGUGAAGAGAGAAAGGAUCCCCGUGUUCUGCAUCGACGUGGAGCGCAACGACAGGAAGGCAGUCGGACAUGAGACUGAGCACUGGUCUGUGUACAGAAGAUAUCUGGAGUUCUACGUGCUUGAGUCCAAACUCACUGAGUUUCAUGGCUCGUUUCCAGAUGCACAGUUGCCUUCGAAGAGAAUCAUCGGUCCAAAGAAUUAUGAGUUUCUCAAAUCCAAGCUGAAGGACUUCCAGGAGUACCUUCAGAAACUUCUCCAGCAUCCAGAGCUGAGCAACAGUCAGCUGCUGGCCGACUUCCUGUCUCCUCACAGUAUGGGGUCUCAGUUCCUGGACAAGAUGCUGCCUGACGUGAACCUGGGGAAAAUCAUCAAGUCCGUUCCCAGCAAACUCAUAAAAGAGAAAGGACAACAUCUGGAGCCUUACAUCCAGUCUUUCUUCAACUCCUGUGAAUCUCCCAAACCCAAACCGAGCCGUCCCGAGCUCACUAUCCUGAGCCCAACAUCGGAAAAUGACAAAAAGCUGUUCAACGACGUCUUCAAAAACAAUGCCAACCGAUCGGAACUGACCGAGAAGAGACACAAUCAGAACUACUUCAUGGAGAUGAUCACUGUCGAAGGCGUGUAUGACUACCUAAUGUAUUUGAGCCGAGUUGUCUUCCAUAUCCCCGACUGGCUGCACCACCUGCUGAUGGGCGGCAGGAUCCUGUUCAAGAACACACUGGAGACGUACACGGAUUAUUACCUCCAGUACAAACUGAACCAGGUGGUCCAGGAGCACCGGCUGGUCUCGCUCAUCACUCUGCUCAGAGACACAGUUUUCUGUGAGAGCAGUCCCCCCCGCUCAGCCCAGGAAAAGCAGAAGAGGGCGAAGAGGACUUAUGAAGAAAUGAUGAGAUAUAUUCCAGACUUGCUGGGGAAAUGUAUCGGAGAAGAGGCCAAGUACGAAGGCGUCGGCCUCCUGUUCGAUGGACUGCAACAGCCAGUUCUCAACAAACAGCUCACAUAUGUGCUAUUGGACAUCACCAUUCAAGAGCUGUUCCCUGAGCUCAACACGCAGGUACAGAAGGAGACCACUGUGAUGGCUCCAUGGAUGUAAAAUUAACAUUUCCACGGACGCGACACAUCCAUCAUAACAUACUUGUGACAUUCUUUAACUUAUUCCACUGCUUCUCCUGCUGUGAAACAGCAUCUGCUUUGUAAAAUAAAUUAUGCCGAUAAAUGA